ACUCUGCACAGGAACUUCCUUCCAGCCCCACUUACGCUCCCCUUGGAAGGUCUCAGCUAAAUGCUGCUGCUAUGGAAAGCCAAGACGCCACAAAGGAGGAACCAGAGGCACUCUUUGAGGAACUGCUUGAAAGGGCAAAAGCUGGGGAAUCCAAAGCCCAGGCAGAGGUGGGGAAGUACUACCUGAAACUGGCUGAAGACCGAGAUGAGGAGCUGAACAGUUGCAGAGCAGUUCAGUGGCUGGUCCUGGCCGCUAAACAAGGGCGGAGGGGAGCCAGCAAACUGCUGAAGCAAUGCCUAGCGGAGCGGAGAGCUGGCGCGGUCAUGUACCGGAAACUAAAUCCAGACAAGAAAAAGCAGUUGGCUGUUUCAGAACUAUUAGAAAAUGUUGGCCAAGUUGAUGGUGAAGGUGGUGAGAAGCAGCCUGGCCCAGUUCCCAAGUCUGUUCAGAAGCAAAGAAGAAUGCUGGAGCGGCUGGUGAGCAGUGAAUCAAAGAGUUACAUUGCCUUGGAUGGUUUUGUUGAAAUAACCAAGAAGUACGCCAGAGGCAUCAUCCCAACCAAGCUCCUGGAUCAAGAUGAGGACGAUGAUGAGCUGGCCGGCAAGAGCCCAGAGGAGCUUCCGCUCCGGCUCAGGGUUAUCAAGUACCCCCUUCAUGCCAUCAUGGAGCUGAAGGAGCACCUCAUCGACAUUGCCUCUAAAGCAGGGGUGCACUGGCUCUCCACAAUCGUUCCCACACACCACAUCAAUGCCCUCAUCUUCUUCUUCAUCAUCAGCAACCUGACGAUUGACUUUUUUGCCUUUUUUAUCCCGCUAGUCAUCUUCUAUCUCUCCUUCAUUUCCAUGGUGAUUUGCACCCUGAAAGUCUUUCAAGAUAGUAAAGCAUGGGAGAACUUCCGCACCCUCACGGAUUUGCUGCUUCGUUUUGAGCCAAAUCUAGAUGUUGAGGAAGCAGAAGUGAACUUUGGCUGGAACCACUUAGAGCCAUACCUCCACUUCCUCCUGUCAGUCUUCUUUGUCAUUUUCUCCUUCCCUAUAGCAAGCAAGGACUGGAUACCCUGCUCUGAGUUGGCAGUCAUCUCCACUUUCUUCAUGGGGAUGAGCUACAUGAGUUUAGCCACGAGUGUGGAGUCUUACACCCGAAGAGCGCUGCUGACAGAGGUGGCUGCCGGGGCCCUCUCCUUGCUGCAGGUGGUGCCUCUGGAUCUGGGCCCACUCAAACUACUGGGGAAAACCUUUUACAGUUUCCCUGUUGGCCACUUCUUCGUGUUCAACGUGAGCAUCCCUUGUCUGCUGUUUCUGUAUUUGUUUUAUCUGUUCUUUAGAAUGGCAAAGAUGCGGAACUUCAAGGGCACAUAUUACUACUUGGUUCCGUACAUGGUGUGUUUCAUGUGGUGUGAACUCUCGGUGGUUAUUUUGCAGCACUCAGCUGGCAUUGGACUGAUCCGUGCUUCUGUGGGUUACUUUUUGUUCCUUUUUGCGCUUCCGAUCCUACUGUUAGGCGUUGCUCUGAUGUGUCUCUUCCAUUUUUUAAAGUGGUUUGUAACACUGGACCUUGUGAAGAUUGUCAUAACCCUUGUGUUGUGUGCUGUUCCUUUGCUUAUCCGGUGGUGGACGAAGACCAGCUUCUCUGUGGCCGAGAUGGUGAAGUCCCUAACAAAGAGUUCAAUUGUAAAACUCAUUCUGGUAUGGAUUACUGCCAUAGUUCUGUUCUGUUGGUUUUAUGUCUACCGCUCAGAGGGAAUGAAAGUCUAUAACUCUACCUUGACAUGGAAUCAGUAUGGGUUUUUGUGUGGUCCACGGGCUUGGAAGGAAACCAACAUGGCCCGGACCCAGAUGUUAUGCAGUCAUCUGGAGGGCCACAGAGUGACGUGGACUGGAAGGUUCAAAUAUGUCCGAAUCACUGACAUUGACAAUAGUGCGGAAUCGGCAAUAAACAUGCUUCCCUUUUUUAUUGGAGAUUGGCUGAGGUGCUUGUAUGGUGAAACCUAUCCGGUGUGUGCCCCUGAAAACAUCACUGUCGAAGAGGAGGAGCUGUGCCGCCUGAAAUAUCUGACCAAACACAACUGCCACAUGAAACGGUUCGACCGUUACAAAUUUGAAAUAUCUGUGGGCAUGCCUCUCAGUAGCAUGAAUGGAAAUAAGAUGAAAGAGGAGGAGGAUGCAACCAAAGACAUUGUGCUGAAGGCAAGCAACGAGUUCAAGAAGGUGCUGUUGAACCUGAGGCAGGGAAGCAUCAUCGAGUUCAGCACCAUCCUGGAAGGCCGUUUGGGCAGCAAGUGGCCAGUCUUUGAACUGAAGGCCAUCUCGUGCUUGAACUGCAUGGCUGAACUCCUGCCUGCAGGGAGGCAUGUGAAAGUCGAGCAUGACUGGAGAAGCACUGUUCAGAAAGCACUCAAGUUUGCCUUUGAUUUUUUCUUUUACCCAUUUUUGUCAGUUGCAUAUUGAGUUCGAAUGGUGCCAUUUGCAUUGCCAAGACCAAAGAUUUGGCUUUAAAAGCUGCUAUAAUGAGGUUCCAAAUGAAUGCUAAUAAUAUUGUGUCUUGUACUCACUGCAGUUUAAGUAAGUCACUGACAUUAUCUGCACAUGGAAAGCAUGAGUGGUGUUUCCCACUAGUUAAUAUUAAACGCACUUUAUACCGCAGGUGAUGCACCUCUCUUCUCCUGUGUAUUUCUGCCUGGGUAGCUUAAAGCCAACCUUGUGGGUGACAGCACAGCUUAGUGUCGAUUUAUGCUGUGGUUGUUAGGAAAUAUCAGCCAUGUCAUGUGGUUGAACAUGGCUACAUGUGACCUAUGUCAUCAGAACUCACCUGAGUUAAACCACAAGUCUGAGGAGAACAGGUUUCCAUACAGUCACCAGUCAUUGUAAGUAUCCUUCAUACAAAAAGGAAAUUGAUUUUGUUAGGAAAGGUGGGUAAGGGAAGGCAAUGCAUAGGAAUUCUGACUGGGCGAUGGAAGACUGUUGGUCUGUGCUUGCACAUUCAAAGGUGAAAUUAAAAUUUUAAAAU